UACCUUCAACGAAAAGGAAGAAAUAAGAAAAAUAUUUGUAGAAGUCAAUUUAAGUUCCCACCAACACCAACUGAAAAGUAAGCAGAAGAAGAACAAAAAUGGCGAGAGCAGGAGGCAUAACGAACGCAGUGAACGUAGGAAUUGCAGUUCAAGCCGAUUGGGAAAAUCGCGAAUUCAUUUCUCACAUUUCUCUCAACGUCCGUCGCCUUUUCGAUUUCCUUCUCCAAUUCGAAUCAACGACGAAGAGUAAACUGGCGUCGCUAAACGAGAAGCUGGACACGCUGGAGCGACGUUUAGAGCUGCUUGAAGUUCAAGUUGGUACUGCUACUGCUAACCCUAAUCUUUUCACUGCCUGAUUUCUUCUCAUUUAUUGCAUUCUAUUUCUACUGAGUUUGAUAUAUUGUAAGCUUGUGAUUGAAUUGUUAUACUUAAUUCAACCAUACUUUAUCCCAUGUAUUACUCUUUUUUUUUGCCAA